AUGGAGGAGCCAUCUGACGUUCCACUGGAAGGUUCAUUUUUACGCCAUUUUUCUGUUCCUUAUGAAGAAGUAAAGGGCAAACUUCAUCCAGAAGUAACAACGGCGAUACACCCUUACAUAGGAUGGUAUAAAUCUACUGCUGAUCGUAAAUUAUUUCCUUUUCUAAAUGAAAAAAAUCCUCUUGAGCCAAAGUUCGAAGCAGAGAAUGCUAUUUUAUAUAAAAUGAUGUCAAAUUAUGAGGAUGUAUUUUAUUGUCGUCGCACUCCUGACAAUGAAUCCAUUCGCCUGUUGUACUGUUCUCAUGCAUUGAAUCAUUCACUUAAAUGCAGAAAGCUUGUUUUAAAGAAUAAUGAGAAAGAAAAACAAUCGGGUGUUUCUGACACUCUUCGUGAUCAAGGAUUUCAUCGAGCACGUACUCUCAUUUUGGCACCAACCAAAGAGGCAGCCAGACGAAUUGUACAUACGUUUCUACAUCUCAUGCCUCAAGGUUCUACUGUUAGUCAUCGACGCCGAUUUGAACGAGAUUUCGGUCCACAACCUGGUGAUACAGAUAAAGAAAAGAAAAAAGGUAGAAAGCCAAAAGAUUACGAGGAUUGGUUCAGUGGUAAUUCAAAUGAUCAUUUUCGUAUUGGUCUUGCCUUUGCUAAGAAGUCAGUGAAGCUGUAUUCUGCAUUUUGCGAUUCUGAUUUGAUUUUAGCUUCUCCUUUAGGACUUCAGUCUAUAAUUGACGAAGAAGAUGAAAAGGAAGCUGAUGUUCAGUAUAUCAUUGCAUCUAUCGAAUUGUUAAUAAUUGAUCAGGCUGAAAUGUUAUUAAUGCAAAAUUGGGCUACUGUACAACAUAUAAUCUCAUUACUUAACCAACGUCCGACAAAGCCUGUAUUCGCAUCAGCCGCUCGAAUACGAUUAUCUUAUCUAGCUGGAUAUGGUAGACGUUAUCGUCAAACAUUAUUAUUCUCUGCUGUAUCCACGUUUUUGAUUACAUUGCUGUCGGGUGAAUGUGAAAAUUUCCAAGGAAUGAAUUAUAUUCCACCACUACCACAUUAUACUGGUUUGUAUCCCACAUUCCUGCCUGAUUGGAUACGUGUACCUGGAUUGAAACCAUCUAUUCGAACAGGACAAAAGCGUCAACAUCCAGAUAAAGAUGUUGUAAACAAUGAUAAAUCAAUAAAUUCUAAUUUUAAACUACAUUUAGUAUCAUUUCUAGUUCCUGGACAAAUUGCAGUGAAAUCAUCCUACACAAAGUUGUUGGGUGAUAAUAGUCAUUUGGAUUCAUCAGAUUCAGAUACGGAGACAAAAGAAUCAACUACAAAUACUACUACUUCCAUUCAUCUUUCUAAUUCUUCAUCUUCACAACAACUUCCAAGGAUAGAUUCAUCUACAAAUUCCUUAUUAUUGUCUUGUAAACCACUUACAUUUACUGAUUAUACUUAUAUGUCAGGACGUAAUGUUUCUGUGGCUCGAUUGAAUGCUUUUAAGCAACGAAUAUUGCCAAGACUUCGACGGGGUUCAGAUCCACGUGUUCUUAUUUAUGUAACAGACUUUUAUGAUCUUGAAGAGCUACGUCAGACGCUACGCUCUGAAUCAUUAGACUUUUGCUGCAUUAAUGAAUAUACAGAAGAUUCCGAAGCUGAACGCUUUCGUACCUUGUUUGCUGAUGGUCGAAUUCGUAUACUUCUAAUGACUGAACGUUAUUACUUCUUCCGAAGGCGAAAAAUUCGUGGACCGCAAACUUUUAUCUUCUAUGGUCCACCAACAUUUCCGUGGUUUGUCAAAGAAUUAUACGAUUUUCGACAUGUUGAAAACGAAAUACAAUAUAAUAUGACAAUACUUUAUUGCCCUCCAAUAGAAGCUCACAUUGUAUGUAUGAUAACUGGUUCUGUUGAGUUUUAA